AUGUUGUUCGGCUUCGGCAGAUUGAUAUACGUUACGAUACUCCUUAUAAAUGCGGUGGCAGUUCUCUCAGAAGACCGGUUCCUCGCAAGAAUUGGCUGGGGCCGCGCACAACCAGAACCAGGCUUCGGAUCGAGUUAUGACAAUUCAAGCAUAAAAGCGCGAACGGUGAAUUUGAUUACGAGUGUGAGGACUGUGAUGCGAAUACCCUUGAUUGUGAUAAAUACGGUUAUUAUUGUCUACGAGUUGAUUCUGGGAUAA